AUGGCGGAGAAAGGCCAGACCUUCGCCGAACUGUCGCAGGAGGUCAAGGAAAAGGCGCCGCUUGUCGUUCCGCUGAAGAAGUCGCUCAAGCGACUCAAGUGCAUAGUUGCCGCAUAUGACAGGUGGGCAGAAAGUCCGAACUGGUGGCUACAGCGGCUACCUCAACAUGAUUGCGCUUCUGUCGGGACACCUCGAGACUUUCGUGGCUGCAGGUGCAAGAGAUGGAUCGCACUGUCUCAGAGGCCAUUCGCACAGCCCGCACCAACUCUAUGUGUCUUCGUUACGGAAUGUGAUACGCGCAGGUUCCUAUCAGGGGCUCAAUGUAAAGGGUACCUGGUUCCUUCAGCAAAGUCGCUGCUUGGUUUUUACUUAGUUGCUGCGUCUUGUGAGGUCGAGUCAAAGCUGCGGAGCUUGCAGCAAACGGACGCCCAGGAAGAGGCAGAGGCAUCGUAA